AUGGCAAAAAGGAAACACAAAUCCGGCGCUAACCUGUCGCAUGAAGAAAUCUGGGAUGAUACAGCGCUUGUACGCUCGUGGGAUGAGGCUGUAGAGGAAUAUAAUCUUUAUCAUAGCAUCCAUGCUCGUGGCGAGAAUGUGGAGGAAGUCUUGGAUCGAGCCGAAAGAGAAGGGGUUGAUGCUGUUGUGGCCGGUAUGGAGAAGCUGCAUGAGUCUAUGGACGUAGAAGAGGAUGGUGAUGCGGCUGCACCGGAGAAUGUUCAGGAAGGUACUACGAAAGCAGACGAGCCCCAAGUCCAGACUGGUCCAUCGAUUUCUGCCGGUGCAGUGCCUCCAGCUACCGGGGGAGCAUCAACUGCGCCUGACGCAUUACUAGGGCAAGUUCAAGAUCCAGCCUUGAAGAACCUGAUGAUGGCAUGGUACUAUGCAGGAUACUACACCGGGCUCUAUGAAGGUCGACAACAGGCAUCUCAAUCCGAUAAUGCCAGUGGUCAGAUAUGA